AUGGACGAUUCUGGAGAAUACGGCACUCCGACCAAUGCCGCAUCACCCGGUGCUAACGCUAUCCUGGCGCAGCCCCCGCUCCAGCAGGUCGACGGAUCCGAAGAUGUCCAAAUGACUGAAGGUGGCGAUGCGGAUGCCGUCGUCAAACAGGAUAAUGCUACCCCCGCAUCCGGAAGCGAGAAGCCCGCCGACCAGGCAUCUGCGCCAAGCCACGGUGCAGGGACGGGAAUCGAAGACGCGGUGAUGGUUGAGGCUCAGGAGAAUGGCAAAGACGGACAAAAUGCCAACAAGCAGGCCGACGAGAACGCAACCGACGGCGCAGCCGAUAAACAGGAGACGAAAACGAAGGAGACAGUCGAAUCAGCAGCUCGAGAGCAUCUAAUUUCCCAGACUCAUGCCAUCAUCUUGCCCAGCUACAGCACGUGGUUUGAGAUGACGGAUAUUCAUCCCAUUGAGAAGAAGGCUUUACCAGAGUUCUUCAACAACAGGAACCGAAGCAAGACGCCAGCAGUCUACAAGGAUUACCGUGACUUUAUGAUCAACACAUACCGCCUCAAUCCCUCGGAGUACUUAACUGUGACUGCGUGCCGCCGAAAUCUGGCGGGAGAUGUGUGCGCAAUUAUGCGUGUCCACGCCUUCCUUGAGCAAUGGGGCUUAAUAAACUACCAAGUCGAUAUGCAGCAGCGAUCAUCCCACGUUGGUCCCCCAUUUACUGGUCACUUCAAGAUCAUUUGCGACACUCCCAGAGGUCUUCAACCCUGGCAACCGUCCGCGGACCCCAUUGUACUGGAGGGCAAAAAGAAUCAUGACACGGAAGCGAAGACAGUAGCCGGAACAGCCGCCAAGACUGAUCUCAACCUAGAGAUCGGACGAAACAUCUACGAGGCAUCCGCCAAGGGUACGAAGUUGAACAAGGGAGAGGGAAAGACGAACGGCGAAGCGCCUGCUACGAAUGGCGUAGGCUCGACAUCCAUCGAAGAAGUCACCAAGGCGCCAAUCGCCAAGGUGAAUUGUUAUCAGUGUGGCAUUGAUUGCACUCGGACAUAUUACCAUUACGCCAAGAGCGACCCGGCUGCCAAUACCAAGUACGACCUCUGCCCUGGCUGCUGUUUAGAAGGCCGAAUGCCAAACAACCAUUUGAAGUCGCAAUACACGCGAGUCGACAACCCCACCUACACGAGCACACUUGAUCGCGACGCGGCCUGGACUGACGCGGAAACCCUCCGUCUCCUCGAGGGUCUGGAGCGAUAUGACGAUGAUUGGGGAGAGAUUGCGCAGCAUGUCGGCACCCGCACACGAGAGGAGUGCGUGCUGCGAUUCCUUCAAUUGGACAUUGAAGAGAAGUAUCUCGACAGCGAUUUUGCGUCUAUCAAUGCGCCUGUGGGGCUUCCGUUACUCGGAAGCCAGGGCGGCCAAUUACCUUUCAGCCAGGCGGAUAAUCCCGUUAUGUCGGUAGUCGGCUUCCUUGCAAGUCUCGCUGACCCGGCUAGCACCGCCGCAGCGGCCAAUAAAUCUGCAGAAGAGCUCAAGCAGCGGCUUCGAGACAAACUCGCGGGGGAAAAGCAAGGGUCGACAGUUACCAAUGGCAAGGGUAAGGCGGGCGACAGCACCGAGUCGAUGGAAGUUGAUGUUACCACCACAACCACGACGACCACGACCACAACAACUACCACAUCGACUAGUGCAUUAGCUUCAAUUCCUCUCGCAUCUAUCGGCGCGCGUGCUGCGGGAUUCGCUUCGCACGAAGAAAGGGAAAUGACUAGGCUUGUGUCGGCAGCGGCUAACGUCAUGCUUCAAAAGCUUGAACUGAAGCUCAAGUACUUCAAUGAUAUGGAAGCGAUUCUCCAAGCUGAGAAGCGCGAGCUCGAGCGGGGAAGGCAGCAGCUUUUCUUGGACCGGCUGGCAUUCAAAAGCCGAGUGCGCGAGGCCCAGGAGGCGUUGAAGGCGAGCGUAGCCGCUGGUGGCGAGACCGGUGUGCGUAUGGCGCUGGAUGUUGGUGGUGAUAGCGAACGGCUUGGCUUCCAACAAGCAAACAACGCUGGCACAACGAUCCAACCACUCUCGAGCGAGGGGCAAGUUAAGACGUACGAUGCUUGA